AUGGACUGCAAUAACUUUCUUGAGUGUCUCCUUGGCCGAGCUCUGAUCGCUAAAGAUGCGCAGCCUACGAUCGAUCAGAAGGCGUGUGCAGUGAUCUCGAAGGAACCGAUAAGAUCAAGCGAGGAAGCCGCAUCCGAGUUCGUCGACAUCCUCCGCACCGCCGAGAAGGGAGGCAAGGACCUCGAGCGACGGCUCCGAAACAUCGUGACGACGAACUCUUGGACCGAGAAUCUUGCCAAGUUCAUCCUCGGCGGCGUCGAAGGUCUUGUCCGCCACCGUGAUACUUUCGGCCAGGUUGUCAAGGAAGCGAUGGACAAGUCGACCGACUUGGCCCAGCAGGUCUUUGGCUUUGUGGAGGAGCAUCCUGUCCUCGUCACCAUCAUUGCCAUUGGCAUAUUGGUCAUCAUCACCCCUUGA